UGCCACUCAGCAUCCUUCCGUCAUGGCGACUGUAUGGGCUAAAGCCUUCGCUAACCUGCCGGUUCCCAUUGUUUUCUUCCUGCUGCUGCUAUGUUUGCCACCCGGGGGAGGACAGAAAAAGAAGGAGAACCUGCUGUCAGAGAAGGUUGACCAGAUGAUGGAGUGGUCCUCUCGGCGUUCGGUCGUCAGGAUGAACGGUGACAAGUUCCGUCGCUUUGUCAAGGCUCCACCCAGGAACUACUCUGUCAUCGUCAUGUUCACUGCCCUGCAACCUCAAAGACAGUGCUCUGUCUGCAGGCAGGCAAACGAGGAGUACCAAGUCCUGGCAAACUCGUGGCGUUACUCGUCCGCAUUUUCCAACAAGCUCUUCUUCACCGUGGUGGACUACGACGAGGGCGCUGAUGUUUUCCAACAGUUGAAUAUGAACAGCGCUCCAACCUUCAUGCAUUUCCCGGCGAAGGGAAAGCCAAAGAGGGCCGACACGUUUGACCUGCAAAGGAUCGGCUUUGCUUCAGAACAGUUGGCCAAGUGGAUUGCAGACCGCACUGAUGUUCAGAUCCGUGUCUUCCGCCCUCCCAAUUAUUCAGGAACUAUUGCUUUGGCUUUGCUAGUUUCUCUGGUUGGAGGUCUGCUGUACCUGAGGAGGAACAACUUGGAGUUUAUAUACAACAAGACAGGCUGGGCCAUGGCUGCAUUGUGUGUGGUUUUUGCAAUGACAUCUGGUCAGAUGUGGAAUCACAUCAGAGGUCCUCCCUACGCCCACAAAAACCCCCAGAACGGACAAGUGAGCUAUAUCCAUGGCAGCAGUCAGGCCCAGUUUGUGGCCGAGUCUCACAUCAUCCUUCUUCUGAAUGCUGCCAUCACAAUGGGAAUGGUGCUGUUGAACGAGGCGGCCACCUCCAAAGGAGACGUUGGCAAAAGGAGAAUCAUCUGCCUGGUUGGCCUUGGCUUGGUGGUGUUUUUCUUCAGCUUCCUGCUCUCCAUUUUCAGGUCCAAGUACCAUGGAUACCCUUACAGCUUCCUUAUUAAGUGAAGAAAAGACAGUGGAGGAGGUUAAAGGAGGGUGAAGCGGGAGUAGGUGAGGAGAAGACGAGUUAUGAGGAUACUUGAAGAAGAAGACGCAGCAUUACCAUUGAUUUUAGAGUGCAUGUCUUUUUUUUUUUAGUUGUUUCUUCUUUUUUUUUCUUUUAAAUCAACUGCUAUCUUUGACUUUGCAAACUGACUUAUUCAAUAAAUUAUUACCAUUUACACUGGAAAAUAAAGGAUUUGGGCAUGUA